CCAAGCCUUCGACACAGCAAUAUGACUUUGGCCGUCGAUCUCCUGAACCCCUCCAUCGAGCAUGAGAAGCGCUCUCACAAGCUUAAGAGACUCGUACAGUCUCCCAACUCCUACUUCAUGGAUGUCAAGUGCCCCGGAUGUUUGAACAUCAGCACUGUCUUCUCCCACGCCCAGACUGUUGUCUUGUGCUCGUCCUGCGGUACUGUCCUCUGCCAGCCCACUGGUGGUAAAGCCCGUUUGACCGAAGGUUCUUCUUUCCGCAGAAAGAACAACUAAAGAAACAAACUAUAGUUCUUUAAUGAUUUUACCAAAUUCUUUAUAAAAAAACUAGUACGAAGGACUUAUUGUCCUAAGUUCCUUUAUAUUUUUUUUAAUAUAUAUUUCUUUAAAUAUCACGGU